AUGGAUACGAGACAGGUGUACCCGAAUCUGACGGAUCUGCUGUACCAACAGAACUUGGAGCGUUUGGAGGGCGACAAAUUCGACAGCGACAGAUUCGACCAUGAGAGAUAUGAAAACGAUCGGUCCACGUCAGUUUCCCUGGAGGAGGAAGACAGUUCGUCGGCUUUCGGGGUUGAUUUAAGCGGGAAGAAUACGAAUUUGGCCGGGAAGUCGUUUACAAUUGCUGCUAUAUUGGGUUUGACGAAGUCUGAGGAGGAUGUAAUGAACCUGAGCGUGCAGGAGCGCUUGCAACAGAAUCAGAAACAUUUGCAGAACUAUUUGUAUUCGGGACAUGAAGUGCCCAGGAUCAAUGAUGGUUUCUGCAGACUUGGCGUGCCGACGGCGCUGCGGCAAGAUACCCCGAGGUCCGAGCUAAGGCCUCAAGUGGCGCAGAUGAAAGCUGCGAGGUCACAUUCAAUAUCCUGUUCAAAUGGUUCUGGCAGAAGUAAGAGAAUAAGGACAAUCUUCACACCAGAGCAGCUAGAGCGUCUGGAGGCAGAGUUUGAGAGACAACAGUACAUGGUCGGACCAGAGAGACUGUAUCUAGCUCAUGCUUUGCAGCUUACUGAAGCUCAGGUGAAAGUAUGGUUUCAAAAUCGUCGCAUAAAGUGGCGAAAACAUCACCUAGAAGUGACACAACAAAGGCUAGCAGUUCUCCAGAGGCACAGGCCCGAGGAACGAGAGGAGGAUAUUUAAGAGUAUGAUAUUUUAGCCAGUAAACCGCUCUGAA